AUGGUUCUUUCAACACUAAUGUUAAUGAAUAUUUGUAUGUUAUCUCUUUAUGAAACGGCUUCGGUUAAUUUAUAUCAAGAACAAAUAGGAAAGCAAGAUACUCUUCAGUCAGAUUUACUAUUUAAUUGUUCAGGAUUUAAAACUGGCGAUGAUAUUCUACAAUCAUUUCCAUUUAAAGUUGAACUUAACCCAAUCAUACGAAGUCCUGAAAUAACAUAUGGGUUAUUAGAUGACAAUAAAAAUAUUUAUUUUUUAAAUAUUUUUAAUGAAAUCUAUUUUCCAUCUUCUGGCUUUUGUUUUAAACAUUUAAAACAACUUUAUGUGCGAAAAUCAAGUUUUCAAGACGAAAAUAAUACAAUAUCAGGAGAAAUCCAAUACCUUGCACCUACGCUAAUCGAUCUAGGUAUUUAUGAUACUAUCAUUACUCAUUUGCCAUAUGAAAUAAGUAAAUUAGAAAAAUUACAAACAAUCAAAUUUUCGAAUACUGGCCUGAAGAUUCUUCCAGAAUUUAUUGGUAAUCUUUCAUCAUUACAAUUUUUGUCUUUAAGAAAUAACAUGUUAACAUCAUUACCAACAACUAUUCUUAAUAAUCAGUUAUUACGACAAAUUGAAUUAGGUAAUAAUCCAAAUCUUAAUUCCAUACAAUCACUCAAUGGCCAUCAAUCUGUAAAAUAUAUAGAAGCAAAUAAUUGUUCAAUUGAAAAUCUUCCUGUUAAUUUAUUUCAACUAACUGAUUUAUAUAUGUCGAAUAAUAAAUUAAAAAAUCUUAGAAAUAUUCAAACGUUAGGUCAUGUAACAAAUGCUAAAAAAUAUUUUUAUUUUGGUCAGAACCAUAUUCAAUCUAUUACACCACAAAUUCGGUAUGUCAAGAAUCUUUAUUUUCUCAAUCUUGAUGGAAAUCAAUUGAAUAAUAUGCCAUCGAGUAUUCUUUAUAUGAAUACACUUCGUUAUUUAUAUAUUCAAAACAAUCAUUUUGGUAAUACUGAAUUGGUAACAAUUAUUUCUAAGUUUAAAACUACAAAUCCAUCUCUAAAAAUAUUCUACAAGGAUCAAAUAACUUCGCGAAUAAAGAUCUGA